AUGGUGAAUGAGGACAAGGACAAUCCUUCAUGGCCUGCCUUUCUGAUUGACCUUGACCUGGCCAUCAAGACACAACGGGAUGGGUCUUCUGGUGCACGGGGCAAAACAGGCACCAGAGCAUUCAUGGUCAUCGGCGUCUUGUACGGGAAGGGAAGGAUUGUCGAGCAUUUUGAUGAGUGGGAUUAUGUGAGCACUAAAAAACUGGCCAUGGAGAAGAAAGGGUUGAUUAGUGAUGAAGAUGACUUUCUCAGGAUUUUAGAGGAUAAUUUCACCCCAUACUAUCAAUCCCUGAUCCCUUGUGUAAACCGGUUACGGCGCCUUGUCUUUCCAGACGGCGGACGGUGGAAGAAACCAAGUUUCAAUCUAUCUCAGAACAUGAUUGAAACAUUUCAAGAUUGCGCAAUAACUCAGAUGCUGUAA